GUCGUGGCUCGCCUUCCGCCUUCCGUCAUUCCUACUACCCACUACGUAGCUUGGAUUUAACUCCCCCUUCCCACAAUCCGAUUUCCGAUUUCUCAUUGCUAAUCCGCUAAUCUUGCUCUUUAAAAAUCCUUAACUCCUCAGCUUCGAGAAGCUUCACCUUGUUACCGUGUUUGAUACUUACCUAGAUUAUUAUCUGGUUAAUCUGGUUAAUCCGGUUAUAUUUUUGGUCCUUGAUAUCAAACAUUGCGCGAAUACUCAAAUACGCAAAUAACUUCUCCCAUCCUGCAUACCAAGCAACAAUACCAGGCACUUGGGACUCUUCUCCCAAUCUCGCAGUCUCGUAAAGUCCGGCCGACUCCGAUCCACUACCCACUUACUUCGCUUUGACAUCAGCAGCUUCGUUCCCCCGCCUCUGCGCAACCAUAACCGUCUUUGUCGUCAUCUCGAGAAAAUAAAAAUUCAAUCCGCAUCCCCUUUCCAGCUCUUCCAGCUCCAUCCGUCAUCUAGUCUAGCAAUAGUCAGCAGCCAAGAUGUCUGCCCAGGAUCGUGUCCAGCACUAUGUUGCCCAGCUCGAUCGCGAGCUUUCUAAAUACCCUGCCCUCAACAACAUCGAGAAGCAGACCUCAGUGCCCAAGGUGUAUGCCGUCAUUGGUGUAGCUACGCUCUACUUCUUCUUUAUCGUCUUCAACCUUGGUGGUCAACUCUUGACCAACUUCGCCGGCUUUGUGGUCCCUGGCUACUACUCCCUAGCCGCUUUAUUCAGUCCUGGGAAGUCAGACGAUACUCAAUGGUUGACGUACUGGGUCGUCUUCGCCUUCUUCACCGUUCUUGAGAGCGCCUUAAGCGUUGUCUACUGGUUCCCCUUUUACUACACCUUCAAGUUCAUCUUCCUGCUCUGGCUCUCGCUGCCCGUGUUCAACGGCUCUCAAUUCAUCUUCCGAUCUUUCCUACAGCCAGCGCUUGGACGAUACUUCAACGAAUCUGGUUCAACUGCUGCUGGCCUGCGCGCCAAGGCCGACUCUUUUGGCAAGGACCAGUAAACUACUAGGUAGUCUAUCUGAUCUACCUGAUGAGGUCGCCGCUACGAGCAUGGAGAAUCAAAGGAGCAACUCGCACAUGUUCUAGCAAACAGAUAUUAUUUAACUGAGAGGACUAUGGCAUUCGUUAGCAAGAGUUCAUGGUCGGGGUAUACGCGACGCCCUUAUGAGGAACGACAGAAUUAUCCACGGAUAGUAACGAGGUGGUUGGAAAAGGACUUGUUUGCUAUUGCGGUGGAAUGUAUUAACUCCUUUCCAUCGGAGAAAUUGUUUCCCUAGGCAACUAUAGAAUUUAUCGAGUUUGUGCGUAUAGAGGUUGGUUAUGAAUUAUAAGGAUGGUGCUCUUCAUAUUGCUUUGACUUGUGAAUGGACUCUUGUCGCACUUCCAUGAUUAAGCAUGUAUUUCAAGCAUGUCGAAGUCUCAAAUACCUACUCUGUGCCUACUCGUGCUCAUCGUGUCCCAUUACUCAACUAACCAAUUAGAUUACCU